UAUAAUAGUUCUCGCUGAGAUCUCUUCGCUGUAUCCUUAAUUCUUUUUAUCUCCGUAAAAAACGUCGUCGAAUGUAAUUGCGGCGUGUGUGCACGUAUACGUGAGGUAUAUGUGUAAAUUGAAGGUCUAUUGUAACUUUGCAGAAAAGAUUCCUGUGAAACAACACUGUCAUGGAUGGAAAAGUGUACACCGAAAAAGUCAAAAAUCCCAGAGCGAAGGCAAACAUCUUCAGCAUCUUGACGUUCUCUUGGGUCCUACGCAUUUUCUGGGUGGGUUACCGUCGAGAUCUUGAAGUAACUGAUUUGUACACACCGCUUAAAGAACAUACAAGUGGUAUUCUUGGUGUUAAAAUAGCGAAAGCCUGGGAGGAAGAAUGCGAGGCAUACCAGUGUCGGCUGGAGCAAGUCGCAAAGAGCGGGUUGCAAAAAAAGGUCAAAGAGCCCAGCUUGUUGAAAGUCCUCAUCAGGUGUUUUGGUUUGACGACUCUACUGUAUGGCCUUUUUAUGGCCGUUAUGGAUAUCUUGCUUAGGGUGCUGCAACCAUUACUGUUGGGUCAGAUGUUACUUUACUUUAACUCCAUGGACGUCGACAAAUCCUACGCAUACGGAUAUGCUGUUGGAGUCAUUCUGUGCUCCGCUCUUAACGUGUUCGUUAUCCAUCCGUACACGAUAAGUAUGUUGCACAUGGGCAUGAAAGUCCGCGUAGCCUGCUGUUCACUAAUCUAUCGCAAGACGUUGAAGCUGAGCAAAACUGCGCUGGGCGAGACGACAAUCGGCCAGGCAGUCAAUUUGCUGUCUAAUGAUGUUAACAGAUUCGAUAUCAGUAUCAUAUUUCUCCAUUAUCUGUGGCUCGGGCCUUUGGAGACCAUCAUCAUGACGUACGUAAUGUACGACGUGAUCGACGUCGGAGUAUCGUCUGUCAUCGGUGUCGCUUUUCUGCUGAUGUUCAUCCCUUUACAAGGAUGGUUGGGCAAAAAAUCAUCAGAAUUGAGAUUAAAAACUGCCAUCAGGACCGACGCAAGGGUGCGAUUAACGAAUGAGAUCAUAAGCGGAAUUCAAGCUAUCAAAAUGUAUACCUGGGAGAAUCCGUUCAGCGCGCUCAUACAAAAAGCAAGAAAGAAGGAAGUUAAUGUCAUCCGAUGGGUUUCGUACAUUAGAGGUGUCACCAUGUCGUUCAUCAUGUUCACCACGAGGAUGUCGCUGUUCAUCACAGUGCUGGCUUACGUGUUGUUCGACUACAAGGUAACGGCCGAGAAAGUGUUCGUAGUAACUGCCUAUUACAACAGCUUACGCACAACCAUGACUGUUCUCUUUCCGCAAGGAAUAACACAGGUAGCGGAAGCGAGAGUGUCCAUAAAAAGAUUGCAAAAGUUCUUGAUGUAUGACGAAAUGACAACUUCUAAGAUCGAAGCGAAGAAAUACAACAAAGAAAAUAAUAAGGAGGACACAAAAGAUGACAAGAAUGCAAAAGAGUCUAAUCAACAGGACGUGAAAGAGAAUAAUAUGGAAAAUUUGAAGAAAAAUUUCGCGCAGAAAAAAAAUGAUAUGCACCUGCCAAACAAUGUUGAGUAUAGCAUCUCCAUCGAAAAUGGAAACACUAAGUGGCUGGAUUAUGAACGAGAAGACACCUUGCAAAACAUUAACAUGAAAGUGCGUUCUGGUGAACUGAUCGCUGUCGUCGGUCAAGUCGGCGCGGGCAAGAGCAGUUUAUUGAACGUCAUCCUGAAAGAAUUACGUUUGCAAGAAGGUUCCAUUAAAAUUAGUCUUUCUGGUGGCCAACGUGCUAGAAUAAAUUUGGCGAGAGCAGUUUACGCUGAUGCCGACAUAUAUCUCAUGGAUGAUCCUUUGAGCGCCGUGGACGCUCAUGUGGGCAAACACAUGUUUGAAGAAUGCAUUGACAAAUAUUUACGAGGAAAGACUCGGAUUCUCGUCACUCAUCAAUUGCAAUAUCUUCGCGACGUCGGUAGAAUUAUCGUUCUAAAGGAUGGAGCCAUCCAGGCUGAAGGCACUUAUGACGAGCUGGGAUCUAUGGGUGUGGAUUUCGGUCGGUUGUUGGAAAAUCAAGCAAAAACGGAUGAAAAAUCCUCUCGACCUCCCUCGACUACUGUUAGUCGCAGUAAUUCUCGUACCAGCAUCUCAUCGUUGAGUACUGUUAUGACGAAUGAUACAUCGAAACAGGAGCCUCAUGAGGUGGCUGAAAUGCGAACGGUAGGCAAUGUUUCCGGUAAAGUAUACACGGAUUACUUUCGUGCUGGCGGCAAUUGGUGCAUUAUAUUCAUAGUGGCUAUGCUUUGUAUAAUAGCACAAUUUGCGGCUAGCGGCAGCGACUUCUUUCUCGCUCAAUGGAUUAAUAUAGAGGAAAAUUAUAUGAACCAAACGGACGACGGUGUUGUAGAAAACCCGAAUAGUCCUCUCACCCGCAUGCAGUGCAUCUACAUCUACAGCGCGCUGAUUGUGCUAACAAUCAUCAUCACCCUUAUCCGCUCAUGGACAUUUUUUUGGACAUGCAUGAGGGCUUCAAUGCGCUUGCACGAUCGCAUGUUUCGCAGCAUCAGUCGCGCCACUAUGCGAUUCUUCAAUACUAAUACAUCGGGACGUGUACUCAAUCGCUUUUCCAAAGACAUGGGAGCGGUUGAUGAGAUGUUGCCCGCUGCGUUUAUUGACUGUCUUCAGAUCGGUAUAGCGCUGCUGGGCAUUAUCAUUGUGGUAGCCACCGCGAAUGUGUGGCUGCUGAUACCCACGGUGCUAAUUGGUAUUGUCUUUUAUUACAUGAGAAUCUUCUAUCUGGCUACCAGUCGUAGCGUCAAGCGUCUUGAAGGCAUCACACGUUCGCCGGUCUUUGCUCAUCUGAGCGCGACACUUCAAGGGUUAUCGACGAUUCGCGCGUUUGGGGCGGAAGAGAUUCUCACGAAGGAGUUUGAUAAUUACCAGGAUAUUCAUUCGUCCGCAUGGUAUAUCUUUAUCUCGACCUCGCGCGCUUUCGGUUUUUGGCUGGAUGUUUUCUGCGUGGUGUACAUCACGUUGGUCACGCUGAGCUUUCUCGUGCUAGACAACUACAGUCAAGGUUCAAUGGAUGGCGGAUUUGUAGGACUGGCGAUCACGCAGAGUAUCGGUCUUACCGGCAUGUUCCAGUGGGGCAUGCGUCAGAGCGCAGAAUUGGAGAAUCAAAUGACUUCGGUAGAACGCAUCCUUGAGUACAACAAAGUGGACAGCGAGCCUCCUCUCGAAAGUGCUCCUGGUAAAAAGCCCAAGUCCGAAUGGCCGCAGGAAGGCAAGAUCGAGUUCAAGAACGUGUUUUUGCGCUACGCACCGCUGGAGCUGCCGGUACUUAAGAAUCUCAACUUCGUUAUCUUUUCGCGGGAGAAAAUUGGUAUCGUUGGUAGGACCGGCGCUGGCAAGUCAUCCUUAAUCCAGGCGCUCGUCCGCCUGUCCGACAUGGACGGUCUGAUUGAGAUCGAUAAAGUUGACACAAGCCAGAUUGGUUUGCAUGAUUUACGCUCCAAGAUCAGUAUUAUCCCUCAAGAACCGUUUUUGUUCUCUGGCAGCCUGAGACGGAAUCUCGAUCCGUUUGACUCAUAUAUGGACGAAUCACUAUGGCGGGCUCUUGAGGAGGUCGAGUUGAAGGAGAUGGGCUUGGAAGCCCAUAUCAAUGAGGGCGGCUCCAAUCUCAGCGUCGGCCAACGGCAAUUGGUCUGCUUGGCGCGAGCUAUUGUGAGGAAUAAUCCGAUACUCGUGUUGGACGAAGCGACCGCGAAUGUGGACCCGCGAACAGACGAACUCAUUCAAACAACUAUCAGGAAGAAAUUCGAGAAAUGUACGGUAUUAACGAUUGCCCAUCGACUCAACACCGUUAUGGAUAGCGAUCGUAUCUUGGUGAUGGACGCCGGUAACGUGGUGGAAUUCGAUCAUCCUCACGUGCUGUUACAAAAAGACACAGGCUACCUGAAGAGCAUGGUGCAGGAGACUGGCAAAGCGAUGGCAGAAGUUCUAGCUUCCAUCGCCCAUGACUGCUAUCAGAAUCGUGGAUUUACAGCGUUUUGAUGUAUCCACGGAGUUAACUUUUUGCAAUUGCAUCUGAACACCAUGAUUAGGUCAUAAAGAUUCCGAUAGUUUUUGCAAUCAUUAGGUCAAAUUUUGUGAUUUUAAAAACAAGAGGAAAAGUGGAACGCGCAGUCUGAGAAUUUAAAAUUCAUAAUCGUCUACUCUCUUACAUGUUUAUUGUAUUCUACAUUCUAUUCGCAUUGAAAUUUUAUUUUAUUCUAUAAAAUUUUUUUCUAUAAAAUUUAUUUUAUUCUGUAAGAUUAUAGGACGUCACGGUUUAGGAUAUUAUAAUGCAAAUGAAAUUUAAAAUUGUGUUAAUUAAGCUAGAUAUGUAUAGUAGAUCUAGGAAUGGUCAGAAUUCAGAAAAUCCGAAGCAAAUUUGAAGAUAAAAAAAAACAUGUAAGUAAAUAAGAAGGAUAAAGAUUAUCAGAUUCACGAUCUCGAGAAUGUCAAUAGAAUAUUAGAGUAUUCAGAAAAUGCAUUGGCGGCACAUUAAAUU